AAAGCCAUUGCGCAUAAUCGACGCAACCGCAAACGGACAAAUUAGGAAACAACAUGGCCGAUUGACACUUUCUGUCACUCACCAUUAUCGACUCGUUUUUAGACAAAUUUAACAUAAUUUAAUAAAAGUACCCACCUAUAACUGUUAAAUUUACAACAACACAGAUUAACAAAUUAAUUUAAAAAAUUCUGUUAUUAAUAUAAGUAUCAACAUUGUACUGAUUAGUGAAAUUGAAACCUGUUUUCGGAGUUGUAAAAUUUAGAUUGUACCUUAAACGAACGUCUAUGGACCAUUAUUCACCCAUCAAGUUGGAUGCCGAAAAAGUUAAAUAAAAGAGUUUGUGAGCAAAUUAGAAGGUUUCGACACUAAAAAGAUGAGUGGUUCUAUUAAAAUGUAUCGAACGACACAAAUUGUGAAGCACGAUUUACCGGUAAAACUGCCUAAAUGCAUGUAUACUUUAAAAAAUAUCCACUCAAGAGACACCAAAGGAAUGGUUGCCGAGUCUACCGAUCACGUUUCCACAUUGAACAAGAAUUCAUCGAUUUUCGACCAGGUUAAACAGUUUUUAAAGAAUAAUCAACACAUUUCUGGCAUGGCAGACUUGGUGGCCAAACAAGAAGAUAUCCUAAAACAACUUGGUGAUCUUAAAAAGCAAAUUCAAUCUAUUAAAUUGGAUCUCAAAAUUAGUCCAACAAAUGCAGUCAAACCACAAAAUUCAUUUUCAACAGCUUCAACACAAAGGCUUACUGGCGAUCUUCCUGAUUUAGUGGUAAAUGCAAAUCCUACACAUCCACCGUUUUCUCUAGAAAUUCUCCAAAAACUUCUCCAAGACUCAAUAAAUUUUAAUGUUACUUGCUAUCUGCAUUCAUCAGUCUCAAAAUUGACAGAUAAUGCACAAAAAUUGGAACAAUCUUUACUUAGUCAUAAAGAGAAAUCUGGGAUACCCAAAAUUAAUAUCAGGCUGAUUUGGAAAAAUGUUAGUGUCGACACAGAAUUCAUAGUAUCCCACAGUCCAAUCCAAGGAGAAGUAAAUCUUUUAAGGUACUUAACCAGGGCGAUCCCAUGUCAACUAUCUUACGAUUCGUACUUCGAUUGCAUAGAAAUCGACUCCAUCUUAGACAUUUGUUACCUAAUAGUACGGGCAAAGACGAAAACAGAACGUGCAGGUCAUCUAGUAACUCUCAACAAAUAUUUGGGGAAAUCACAAUGGCUAGGAGGAAGGAAAACGCUGGGCGUGGCCGAUGUUGCUGCUUACUCUUCUUUGAAACAAGCUGCCAGUAGUAACGAAAUUAAUUCCAAUUUAACAAAAUGGUACCAGAGAUGUGAAACUGUUGCAUAAAUUUUUUAAUAUUUUAUUUUUACCAAACUUUUUUAUUGCUUUUUAUUCGAUUGGAAAUACUGCGAACUAAAAUUUUAUCUAUAUAAUAAAAUAUUUUUAUUUCA